AUGCAAAAAAAAAUAGGCACGUCUCAAACCCAGACCGAUGAGCUAGCUCUUCUCGACGACGACGACAGCAUGGACCCACAAGACCCGGAGGACGAGACACAAGGAAUGGAGAUCCCGACAGGCUUUCGCAUUCAAGAAGUUAAACCCGUUGCUCUUGACAGAUUGCUUUUUCGACGUGGAGUGCUCGUCAGGCUAGGGAUGGGGUGGUUUGGAGGGUUGAUCAUUCAGCAAUCUCAGCAGGACACUCGCCACCUGUACGACUACUGUGUGCAGCUGGAGCUAGACCAGAGUACGCGCAAGAUGAAGCUGCUCUUAGACGAGUACACCGGAGAUCCGGAUGCGGCGGUAGGCUCCUGGGUUUUGCUUGAGAGCGUUAGUAGAUCGGGGAGGGUACGUAGGACCAAGGUCACCCUUGUGGACCACGAUGAUUGA